AUGUUGUCCUUCACCCUGCGCUCUUCCUCCCCCAAGCCGUCCUCCCCAGACUCCAAAUCCCACCUCGCCCCGCACUUCCGCCCCAUCUCUUGGCGCAGCACCCGCCGCCCCAGCCUUUCCCUGCCCACCGUGCCGCCGCCUGAUCUACCGCACUUCACCAACCCGCCAGUUAUUCACGAGUACCUGGUGCCAGCCCUCGUCACCACCCAGCGCCGCUCACUUUCCACGCCCCCCAGCUCACGCCAUUCGCCACGCCGCUCAUCCUCCAUUCACAUCAGCAUUCCUCACGACUACCCCACCACGCCGCCCCCCACCCCCCUCACCUGA